ACGGAGGCUGCCGGGGGCCAAAAUGCCCGAGCGGCCCGAGGCCCCGCCCCUUCCCAGAGUCGGAAGUCCACCCGCGUGCAACGCCCCAGGUUCGGCCAGGCUCCGCCCGGGAGUCUGACCACAGCUCCUCCGUCAGCCCCGAGCGCCGUCAGAAACGCGUGAGCGGCAAGGGAACCACGACCCAACUUGCUGGAGGGAAGCUUGGGGGCAUCUGUGAAGAGAGGAAUAGGAAAGACUCAAGGAGAAGCAGUAAAGGAGGUAGAAGAUAUGGGCGCUGUUCUGGGAGAGAGUUUCGAGAAGGAUGUGUUGAAUUCAGCAGAGUAUCGAGAACGAUCAAGACUCCAAAUUGUAGUUGGAUUUAGGAAGGAAGAGAUCUUGCAGUAGACUGUGAACUUUGAAAGAAAGGAAACAAAAGAGAUGAGCCUUACAAGCCCCGGCCUACUGCCUAGAGGCAAUUUUCAGACUGCAGCACGGAGAGGGGUUACCCAAACAAAGCUGAGUUGAAAAGAAAGAGAGUGGCAUACCAAGGAGGCCACAGUGCCAGGAAUUUGCAGGAUGGAGUCCUGGAAAGAGGCAAUUCCACAGAGAAAGAACUCUGGAGAUCUCCACAGGGGCCUUUGUGAGUUCUAUCAAUGCGUACAUGGGGUAAAACUCCAUGAGGUCGGGAAAAGAACCACCCAGAAACAGUAGGCCAAACACUUCCUGGAGCUCCCCAAAGGGCUGGGAGUUGUGGAAAAUUCCACAGAUUGAAAAGACCUAAUACCAUAGGCAUCAGAGAGAGCACUCAGAAGGGUCAUAGCUCAGCAGUGGGAAUGGUUAUCCUUAGAGUAAAGGCUGCUCCUGGCCCACCAUAACAAAGCUUAAAACAAGCCUCAGAAGAAUCAGACGGAUCCAGGUAGCUUAACUGCAUCUCAGAAGAAAACCCAACACUAUCAAAAAGAAAACAACAAAGUCCAGCACUCAACACUGUAAAAUUCACCAUGUUAAACAUCCAACCAAAAGUUACCAGGCAUUCAAAGAAGCAAGAAAAUGUCAUCCAUAACAAAGAAAAUUCAACCAUUGAAACAACCUAAGAAAUGACAGAGAUGAUAGAUUUGCAGACUUGGUCCUCAAAAUGCUUAUUAUCCAUCUCAUAAAUAUACUCAAGGAUGUAAAGGAAAACAUGAACAUGAUGUGGAGAAAAAUGAAAGUUAUAAUUAAAAAAAAAAAUUUAAUUUCUAGAGAUGAAAAAUACAACAUCAAAUUAAAAAUACUCUGUAUGGCAUUAACGGGAGGUUAGAAGAUUAGGGGGGAAAAUAAGUGAACUUGAAAAAGACAGCAAUGGAAACUAUCCAAAAUGAAGCACAAGGAGAAGAAAAAUAAACAGUACCAGCAAGCUGUGGGACAGAAUCACACUGGUUAUUGGUCUAAUACACAAGUAAUAGAGGUCACAGAAGGGGAAAGAGGGGAGCCAGAAAAAGUGUUUGAAGGAACAGUAGCCAGACAUUUUUCCAAUUUGAUGAAAACCAUAAACCCAUGGGUUCAAGAAGUUCACCAAACCCCUGGUAGAAGAAACAUGCAGAAAGUUACACAAAGCAGCCUCAAAAUAAAAUUGCUAAAAAUUAGUGAUGGAGAAGUUUUUAAAAGGGCACUUUCCAUAGGAUGCAGCAAUCCCCCUCCUGGGAUUUACCCUAAAAAAUUAAAACUUAUAUUCCCUUAAAAAGCUGUACACGGGACUUCCCUGGUGGUCCAGUGGUUAAGAAUCCGCCUUCUAAUGCAGGGGACAUGGGUUCAAUCCCUGGUCGGGGAACUAAGGUCCCACAUGUCGCGGGGCAACUAAGCCCACUCUCCAUAACUAAAGAGAAUCCUCUGCGCAGCAAGGAAAGAUCCCAAUCUUGCUUGCCACAACUACAGAGCCCACGCAUUUUGGAGACCCCGAGCCACGGCUAGAGAGCCUGUGCACUGCAACUACUUAGUCCGUGCACCACAUUUGGAGAGAAGCCCACAAGUCACAAUGAAGAGCUGGCAUGCUGCAACGAAAGAUCCCAGAUGCCACAACUAGGACCCUAUGCAGCCAAAAAUAAAUUUUUUUAAAAAUCUGUACACAAAUAUUUAUAACAUCUCUAUUCAAAAUAGCCCCAAACUAGAAACAACACUACUGUUCUUUGACAGGUACGGGGCCAAGUCAAAAAUUAUCUGCACUCUGGCUGUAGAAUUUAAUUAACUUUUAGAAAAGACAAAUACAUCAUUUUUUGACAUAAUCUUCUUUUCAAUACGCUGUUCAUCUGUCAACAAGCUUUCAUAUUUCAUUAAAAAAUGUUUUAGGCUGAGCUGCGAAUGCACUGCUGUCUUCACUUCUUCAUGAGAAGUGAAUCUUCAUCCUCGUAGGGCUGCUUUCAUAGGACCAAACAGGUGAAAGUCCAAUGGAGCAAAAUCAGGACUAUAGGACUAUGCUUUAACACCUCAAAACGAAGUUUUUGCAGAAUGUCGGCAGUGUGAGCAGAAGUGUGCAGAUGUGCACACCCUCAGAUUACAAAAAAUGAAUCACUGCACACUGGUCUUUCGUGCAAAUCACAAGUGGGGCAUCCAUUUUUGCUCACAGUGCAGUCACAAAUGAACUGAUGUAACACAUUCACACCUGCACAGCAGUGACUGGGGAGACAGUUGCCUUGAACGGAAGGCACUGAUAAGACAGUGCAGCCAACAGAAGUUUUAAUAUAACUGGAGUGCGGAUAAUUUUUGACUCGUAAAUCGAUAAACUGAUACAUCCAUACAAUGGAAUAACGUUCAAUAAAAAAGAAUUAACUAUUGUACAACAUGAAUGAAUCUCGAAAGCAUUAAUGCUAAGUGAAAGAAACCAGUGGAAGAAGGUUAUGAUUCCAUUUAUGUGAAGUUCUGGAAAAUGCAAAAGCAGAUCAGUGGUUGCCAGGGGCCAAGGGAUUAGGGGGAAGGGAUUGACUGAAAAGGGGCACAGAAAACUUUUUGAGAUGAUGACAAUUUUUUCCAUCUUGAAUUGCGGUGGUAGUUACAAGAGUGACACAUUUAAAAAAAUAUAACUGUACAGUAAAAAUGAGUAUGUUUUAUCAUAUGUAAUUUAUACCUCAAUAAAGUUUAUUAUUAGAAACAAAAAAGGAAUGUGUAUAGAUUUUUUAUCAAUUGACGCAGGAGGAUGUCCAUGAUGUAUUAUUAUAGGAGAAAAGCAAGUUACAUAGUAGCACAUGUAGUAUGAUCACCUUUAAUAAAACAACAGUGAAAAUAACCCUCUGUAUCCCUCUGUGUGUAGUGAUGUUUUCAAGCUCGGGGAGAAGCCUUUGGCAGAGGGAAUACACACUAGGCUGGUAAUACUGCUUACAUCGUGGUGCGAAGAAAGAGGGGAAGAGUAUUACGUUUUUCUUUAUACAUCAUUGGACGGUUUCGUCAUUUACAGUGAUUUUUUAAAUCAUGAAAAUAAAGGGGAUAUCAAAAUAAUGGGGAGAUGUGUAUGUAGGAAGAACUCUGGUGGAGGGAGGGGUUCACCACGCCAGUGCAGGGAGGUCAGAGGGAUCGAGAUGAGGUCAUUAAACUUGACAAAAAGGAAAUCUUUGGUAACCUCUGAGAAAGCAUCCAAGUAGUGGGGUGGGGGCAGAAGUCAGGAUGUGAUGUAUGCAAGAAAAAUGUGGACUGGAAAGAAAGGCUUUGGGUGUGGACCAAUUGUUUACGAAGUUUGGUCUUGAAAGGCAGUUAAGAAACAGGACAGUUAAGAAGGGAGCCACAGCAUCAGUUGGAGGGUUUUGUGAGGAGAGGACAAGGAUACUUGUGGCUUCUUGAAGGCCAAGAAAAGAGAACCAGUGGACAGCAACUGACCAAAGAUAGUGAAGAAUGAUAUAAAAUGGUGGUGAGAGAGCCCUUGAGAUGGGAGGGGAGGAGUUGCAGGGACAGAAAGAGAAUUCUCCUUCCCCUAGAAUGCAGUUUUGCUUCAUUCACAGCUAUCAUAGACCUAGGAACACACCUUUCCCAAUCCCUGUUUAUAGUCUAAAGAGCCCAGCUUCCCAACAGGCAGCUGGACCCUGAUCUGGAGCGUCACCUGUGUGACCUAGUGCAGGUCACUCAGGCUCUGUAAGCCUCAGUUUUCUCAUUAGUAAACUGGGGUAAAUAAUAGUACCUACCUCAUAUUGUGGCUGUGAGAUAGCACGUUCGAAGAGCUUAGUUUGCCGCUCAGCUGCUGGUCUGGGGGCAGUCUCUCUGAUGUGUUGUGGUCUGGGCCAUGUGAUCAAUGAUGUCACAAUGCCCUACUAGACUCCACCUUCUCCACUAGGGAGUUGCACAUCCUUUGGAGCUAAGGAUUGGAACUGACAUGCAAGACCUCUACCAGCUGAGGGUUUCAUGAGCACGCUCCUUUGUCAAGAUCUUGGUGAAUAGUCUUUCACUGGGCAAUCGUGUCUUAGAAAUUGUUUUACUUGUUACCAUGAUCGUGCUUGGCUGGAUGCUUUUUGUUGGAUUUGCAUGUUACAUGGGCACAUUUCCAGAGUUCGUGCCUCCAACUCUGAAGUGGAAAGAGAGGUGGGCUGUUCAGGAGAGGAAGACACACCUGAGGACGCGGACUUUGGAUGAAGACCUGCAACUAAUUUCUAUGAGAGCACUGGCCCAACAGUCAGACCUCUGCGGGGAACGAUGUGGAAGGGAUAUAAGUAUCCCCCAGGAGGGACCCCGGUGGAAAUAAACAAAGAUGAUCCUGGUGAAGUAAUGCAGCUCUGAAGCUUUCCCGACCAGCUGUACAGUUCCUGUUGGUUUCACAUAAAGUAAUUGCACAUUAUUUUGUCACAUUUUAUGUAACAAGUUACCACAUUUUUAAAGAUGAAGACUUGGUAUUCUGUUAGCUCAAAACAGGGAAAUGGAGGGUAAGGAGGUAGUUGGGUGGAUGGGAAUGACUGGGUCCAGACUGGCACUAAGACUAAGAUACCUGGUUCAGUUUGUCCCCUAUUCUGUACCCUUGAGGAUAGAAAUUCUCUAGAGCACUUUAGACCUGUUUCCCACAUACUUUUCUCCUGGGUCCAAGGUCCAGGGUCCAGGUAGGGGUGAAAAAAUGUUACAGAAAGGGGUAGAGAUUGCAGAAACUUUAAGCCUAUUCUCUGGGGGUAUUUCUCUGUGGCUUUCAUAGCUAUCAUUAAGAACCCAAAGCUUACACCAUGUGGGGAAAGGGCAUUUUAACAUUGGGUGCUAGAUACUAAGCUAUACAGUAUUAUAAUCCUUGUAGUAAUCUUCUUAGCCCCAUUUUACAAAAUAGCAAAAAUGAAGUUGAGAGGCUUAAGUAUCUUACCAACCCACACAGUUCUGGAUAGCAGAGUCAAGAUUAAGAUCCAGGCCUUCUCUUUGGUGUGCUUUUACAUGCCAAGAAAAAGACCCAAGCAAGAGAGGCUGGGUUAUCCAAGAUCUUGACUUACCUCUUGGUUCAAGUCUUCCUCACCUGAGUAGUCAAGAAGUUGCCUUUUAUCAGUGACACCUGCUGAUUCAGGCAGCAUGUGUAGAAAUGAAAGCUAACUGUCCAGUCCUCAAUAUGACGCAGUUUGAGUUCAUGAGACCAAGGAUGGGAACCUAAGUAUAAGACCCAUGCAAUUAAUCUGGGUGUCUGAGCCCUAGAAUAUUCCUAAAAAGCCCUCUAAAAGUGGUUCAAGCUUUCUGACCCUAAAAGAGAGAAAGAAAACCUAACAGGAGCAAAUACUUUUAAAAUAAAUUAUAUGGAACUCCUCCCAUUCUGUGGUUGCUUGGGGAUGACUAAUGGUUUCACUGUUCAAAAAGUACACCCUUACCAACAAAUAUGACCCACUAUGACCCAAAAGGGUCAUAUUGACAGCAUGUUGCUGAUGACUAUUUGGUGUUUGUUUGCUGAAGUAUUUUUAAGUGCCUCUAUGCACUGAAUGGAUUACCUUUUUUUUAAUAGAAAAAGUGAAUUCAAAAUUCAUAAGCAAAAAUUUGUAAUUUCUAAAUCUAGGAUACUAGAUUUAUCAUACUUGUAUGACCUAGACUCAACACAUUCCAUUGAGUUAAGUGCCUACAUUCUCUGGCUGCAUGGUUGUGCCUACUUGCCUCAUUUAUACCUAAGGAUUCAUCUUCUCAGCUAUCUCAGGCUCUUUUUAUUAUAGGAGAUCAGCAUCACUCAAUUUCUUGAAAAGAACUAUACACCUAGUUGUUCUUCCCCCGUUCCCUGACUACACCUCCAAACAGUUCUCCUAACUUGGGUGUCUGAUACAAGAAUAGUUCUCCAGGCUGGUGAUGCAAGAGGGGAGAGGUAUCAGUGGCAGCAGCUGAGCAGAUGUGAACAUGUAAGGGAGAAGGAACAGAGAGGUGUGUGUGUGCAUGAAGGUAAACCCUAUCUCUGAAGUCUGAUGAGUCUACUGGGGUUUCUAGCUGGAAUCAUGUACAGAGUGAUGAAGUAAGGAAUACAUGUUUUGGUAAAUAAAUGCAAACCAGUGAAAAUAUCAAUAAAAUAUUUUAAUGCCUACAAUUUCUUUUAUACAUAAAUUGCAAAACUUUUAUCUGUAUAUGCAAAAGUAGAUUCUCUUGCAGGUCAACAGCACCAGAAAACAAGCUAGGCUAUGUAAAUGUUUCUUUAAACUUGAUUUGUCCAUUAUGUAAAAGACAUGGAUUUAAUAACUCCAAAGAAAUCUAUAUUCCACUCUUAAUCAUACACUAAACACCUGAAUAUUUAUUUCAUC